AUCUUGUUGAAAUCCAUAACAACACAAACAAAGAAGAAGAAAGAAAAAUUAAAAAAGAAAGAAAAUGUUGUGUGCGUCGGUGAUACUUAAUUCCGAAUCGAAGCUCCCGAAGAGUGAGCAGAGCCGUUGAAUAACAACCGUUCCCAUUCCCAACGUGCCAAUUUCAGUAAUCUUCCAUACGCGCCUUAAUUUCCAAAUCUCCAACAAAAAAUUUCACUCUCUUUCUCUAUACAAUUUCCAAUUUUUGUAUUCAUCAAUAUACAUAUAUCACAUUGAGUACUAGAAUUACCAAAUAUUUGUAAAUUACGAAUCUUUAUUCGGGUUUCAACGUUGUUAAUUACUGAUUCAGAAAAUUAGGUUUUUUGGUUGCAAGGAACCUAUAUAAUGAUGUCAAGGAGGCCUAUCAACCCAUCUCGACGUGUAGCAGAUAAUGGAGCUGCGUCAUUAGAAGCCUCAAUUCGGUCAAAGACACGGUCUCCCCCAUAUUUAACAAUUGGCCUUGUUAUCGUGGGAGCAUUUCUUCUCAUAGGGUAUUUUUACCGUGACACAGGUACUUUUGCCAGUAUUAAAGGAGCUAUCAGUAGAGUGGAAGGGGAUUUUUUAUGUACGGUAGAGGUUCAAAAGGCGACCCCUUUUUUGAAGAAAGCAUAUGGAGAUAGCAUGCAUAAGGUGCUGCAUGUUGGUCCUGAUACUUGUUCGGUUGUUGCUAAAUUGUUAGGAGAGGAAGAUACUGAAGCUUGGGGUAUAGAACCAUAUGAUAUAGAGGAUGCAGGUCGUUUUUGCAAGAAACUCGUGCAUAAGGGCAUUGUUCGCGUGGCUGAUAUAAAAUUUCCUCUGCCGUAUCGUGCAAAAUCAUUUUCUCUAGUGAUUGUCUCAGAUGCGUUGGACUACUUGUCUCCAAAGUAUCUUAAUAGGACCCUUCCUGAAUUGGCGAGGCUGUCAUCUCAUGGACUCGUUAUUUUCACGGGUUAUCCACGUCACCAUAAAGCUAAGUUUACAGAAAAGUCCAGAUUUGGGGGGCUGGCCAAAUUGAGGAGCUCAACGUGGUGGGUCCGAUAUUUUGUUCAAACAAGUUUAGAGGAAAAUGAAGUUGCCAUUAAGAAGUUUGACCAAGCUGCUUCGAAGAAAUCAUAUGUUCCUAGCUGCCAAAUUUUCCACCUGAGAUCUUACCGUUGAUAUAAUUAUGUGAAGUUAUACACAAAAGGAAUCGCGCAUAGCUUGUGGAUGAUGUGAAGAUAUGUUAUGACAACUUUCAGCUGUUUCGAUAAGUUGUUGAGAGUAGCAGGUGUCUCCUUGAAAAAAUAUUGAGUAUGCCAUCUUAGUGUAUUAAUUCUCAUUAGAUAUAUGGGGUUAUAGCAAUUUGUUGAUUUGUUGAAAAUGGGAAUUACAUUGCUGUUUCAUGGGGAAUUUUUGUGAUUUUGGUUGUAAUGGCCACAUAAGCUAAAUGAUAACAUCAUCUAUAUUUCUCUUUUUGGUUCUUUA